AUGAGUACGAAGCUGGAGGGACAGAGGCCGAGGUUUGUUCGACUGAACGCGAACAAGAACAUCGUGUACGUCGCGUCGACCUCCUCCUCAGCACCAUCAUCGUCGUCGAAUUCGUUUAAUGAUGAAUCAAAACACCGGACUCGUUCACUCGAUCUGUAUCCGCUCAGUGAUUGCACGAGUUUUCGAGUUGAAGGGGUUGAAGGUGAAUUGGAUCGAAUUUGCCGAUCUUUAGGGCUUUCCGGACCUGAUGAUUUUACUAUUCCGGUUUCUGUUUGGGAGGCUCACAAAGCUCGUUCGCCUUCGGAUCAUUUUCCGAGUUCCAGGUUUCGAAGUAGUUGCAAUUCGGAGAAAUUAAAAUCGCCGGAGGGUGUAUUGUUGGAUAGUUUUGAAGCUAGGGUUAGUAUUAGUAAUGAACUCAAGGGUGAGAACGAGUACUCUCACUCUGAGGAUGGUCUGAAUUCAGAUAAGGAUGAAGCUAGGGUUAAGGUAAUGGAUAGAGUUAAACACGCGGAUGAUAAGUAUAGACAGUUUAAUGUUUUUGCAAAUUCGGUUAGGACGAGAACGUCUGUGUAUGGUGGUAGUGGAAUUAAGGGGGCUAGGCCACCAGUACUUGCUCCUCCCCCGGUUGUGUUGCGGUCUGUUACCGAUAAUGUAUGCUCAACUUGGGAUCUAUGUAGGUCUUUUGGUCCAGGAGAUGAUGAAGGUUUGAGUUCACCUGUGUCUGUAGGGUUCGUUUGUACUUUAAACGAAGGAGAAGAAAACGAGGACGUCGAUAGAAGAAUUGUUGACAAACAAGAGCCGACAGAAGUAACGUUGAGAGAUACGGCAAUUCCUUCAGAAACCUGUUCGGAUACAUCGAACGAUGAAAAUGAUGAUGAUUCCUUUAGUGUGACCGUGGAACCUGUGUAUUUCACUUUACCUAAUGGGAAAUUCAGGCGCAGUAUCAAUUCUUGGCAGAAGGGCGACUUUCUGGGAAGUGGGUCGUUCGGAACUGUGUAUGAAGGCUUCACCGAUGAUGGUUUCUUUUUUGCUGUGAAGGAGGUUUCUUUACUUGAUCAAGGAAGCCAAGCCCAGCAAAGCAUUUAUCAACUUGAACAGGAGAUUUCUCUUUUAAGUCAAUUCGAACACGAGAACAUAGUUCAAUAUCUUGGCACAGACAAGGGUGAUGGAAAACUCUAUAUCUUCCUUGAACUUGUAACCAAAGGUUCGCUGGCACACCUCUAUCAAAAGUAUCAUUUGCGGGAUUCCCAAGUCUCUGUGUACACAAGACAGAUUUUGAAUGGUUUAAAUUAUCUUCAUGGCCGAAAUGUGGUGCACAGGUCUGAAAGUAAAACAUUACCAUUAGUCUUUUCUCCUCGUGCUCUAUCAUCUGGUGGUGUUGGGGAUAUCAAAUGUGCGAAUAUAUUGGUGGACGCAAGUGGAUUUGUGAAACUUGCAGAUUUUGGGUUGGCAAAGGCAACAAAAUUGAAUGAUGUAAAAUCUUGCAAAGGCACUGCAUUCUGGAUGGCCCCUGAGGUUGUUAACUGGAAGAAUCAUGGCUAUGGGCUUGCAGCUGAUAUAUGGAGCCUUGGAUGCACUGUGUUAGAGAUGUUAACUGGUCAAAUUCCAUACUCCCACUUGGAAGGG